GCGCGCGAAGCCAAAAGGAACUACACUCCCAGACUUCCUUGCGCACACGACCGGCGAGCAGCGAGAGAAAGAGGACGGAGUUGGAGCUCGGACUACAACUCCCAGCAGGCUCCGCGACGCCCGUCCUUCCCUUUCAAAACUCGGGGGGAAGGGGGUGGGCGAAAAAAAAAAUAAAAAAAGAAGAACGGGACGAAUGGAGGCUUUUGAGGGCUCGUUUCGCAAAAGGCGGGAAAGGCGAACUACACCUCCCGACGAGCCGCGCGCGGCUGCGCCUGCGCUCUGGUCUCUGUCGCCAUCUUGCCCCUUCUGAGGCACCGCAAACAAACCUAAUUCCUGGUGUCUCCUAGUCUUGGCGGAGGAGCCUUUUAGAUGAGCCCCGAAAGGCCGGGCAGGGAGGACAAGCUCUUUGGGGCUACCAGACAGAAGCAGCAAUGCCUGUUGUGUGGCCAACCCUUUUGGAUCUCAGCAGGGAUGAAUGCAAACGAAUUCUUCGAAAAUUGGAAUUGGAGGCAUAUGCUGGAGUUAUCAGUGCACUUCGUGCACAGGGGGAUCUCACCAAGGAAAAGAAAGAUCUUCUUGGAGAGCUCUCAAAAGUCCUUAGCAUCUCAACAGAACGCCACCGUGCUGAAGUUCGGAGAGCAGUAAACGAUGAACGGUUAACAACAAUUGCACAUAAAAUGAAUUUAUCCUUAUAUUUGGGUGAAAGACCAAGUUACAGUAUGUCUGGACCUAAUAGCUCUUCAGAAUGGUCCAUUGAAGGGCGUAGAUUGGUACCACUGAUGCCCCGGCUGGUUCCCCAGACUGCCUUCACUGUAACAGCAAAUGCUGUGGCCAACGCAGCUGUCCAGCACAAUGCGUCCCUUCCUGUGCCUGCAGAGACAGCCAGCAAAGAAGGUGUCAGCUGUUCAGAUGAAGAUGAAAAACCCAGAAAACGCAGGCGGACAAACUCUUCUGGUUCUUCUCCUGUGGUUCUGAAGGAAGUUCCAAAGGCUGUCGUUCCGGUCUCGAAGACUAUCACUGUGCCUGUGAGUGGCAGUCCCAAGAUGAGCAACAUCAUGCAGAGCAUUGCCAACUCCUUACCACCCCACAUGUCACCUGUGAAAAUAACUUUCACCAAACCAUCCACACAGACGACAAACACAACCACACAGAAGGUUAUUAUAGUGACCACAUCACCAAGUUCAACCUUCGUGCCCAACAUUCUCUCCAAAUCCCAUAACUAUGCAGCAGUCACUAAGCUUGUACCAACAUCAGUCAUUGCAUCCACAACUCAGAAGCCACCUGUUGUUAUAACUGCAUCCCAGUCCUCUCUGGUCACCAGUAGCAGCAGUGGCAACAGCAGUUCCACGCCAUCACCUGUUUCUAGUACAGUUGCAGUGACAGCUGUGGUGUCUUCCACACCGUCUGUGGUCAUGUCAACAGUAGCACAAGGUGUAUCCACAUCAGCAAUCAAAAUGGCAUCGACACGACUUCCUUCCCCCAAAAGCUUAGUGAGUGCCCCCACCCAGAUUCUCGCACAGUUCCCUAAACAGCAUCAGCAGUCUCCUAAGCAGCAGCUGCAGCAAGUGCAGCAGCAGACACAGCAGCCCGUGGCCCAGCCUUCCGCAGUGUCUCAGCAGCAGCAGCCACAGCAGUCACCGUUGCCACCUGGCAUCAAGCCUACCAUUCAGAUCAAGCAGGAGUCAGGUGUUAAAAUCAUCACACAGCAGGUUCAACCAAGUAAAAUCUUACCCAAACCAGUGACUGCAACUCUACCCACCAGUAGCAACUCCCCUAUUAUGGUGGUUAGCAGUAACGGUGCAAUCAUGACAACUAAGCUGGUAACUACUCCUACUGGUACUCAGGCAACCUACACCCGGCCAACAGUGAGCCCAUCCUUAGGUCGAGUAGCCACAACCCCUGGAGCUGCAACCUAUGUGAAAACUACCAGUGGGAGCAUCAUUACUGUAGUGCCCAAGUCAUUAGCUACCUUGGGAGGCAAGAUAAUUAGCAGCAAUAUUGUUUCUGGAACGACUACCAAAAUCACUACAAUCCCAAUGACUUCCAAGCCCAAUGUGAUUGUUGUUCAAAAGACCACAGGAAAAGGAACGACCAUUCAAGGCCUCCCUGGCAAAAACGUUGUCACAACAUUGCUAAAUGCUGGAGGAGAAAAGACUCUGCAGACAGUGCCAGCUGGAGCAAAACCAGCUAUCAUUACUGCUACAAGACCCAUCACCAAGAUGAUUGUAACACAGCCCAAAGGAAUAGGUUCCACAGUCCAGCCAGCAGCUAAAAUCAUCCCCACAAAAAUUGUCUAUGGACAACAAGGAAAAACGCAGGUUCUCAUUAAACCCAAACCAGUGACAUUUCAAGCUACAGUUGUUAGUGAACAAACAAGGCAGCUGGUAACAGAAACAUUACAGCAAGCAUCCAGGGUCGCAGAGGCCGGUAAUUCAUCUGCUCAGGAAGGAAAAGAAGAACCACAGGGUUACACAGAUAGUAGUUCCUCUUCCACGGAGUCCUCCCAGAGUUCCCAAGAUUCCCAGCCUGUAGUUCAUGUAAUUGCUUCCCGGCGUCAGGAUUGGUCAGAACAUGAGAUUGCAAUGGAGACUAGCCCUACCAUAAUAUAUCAGGAUGUAUCCAGUGAAUCACAAUCAGCUACUUCAACAAUCAAAGCUCUGUUAGAACUCCAACAGACAACAGUAAAGGAAAAAUUGGAAUCUAAACCAAGACAACCCACUAUUGACUUGAGUCAAAUGGCAGUACCUAUUCAGAUGACCCAGGAAAAGAGACAUUCUCCUGAGAGUCCAUCCAUUGCUGUGGUAGAGUCAGAACUAGUUGCUGAAUACAUCACCACUGAACGCACUGAUGAGGGGACAGAGAUUGCUUUUCCCCUUCUAGUCAGCCAUCGCUCCCAGCCCCAACAGCCUUCCCAGCCCCAGCGGACCCUGCUCCAACAUGUGGCUCAGUCACAGACUGCAACACAGACUUCAGUUGUGGUAAAGUCCAUCCCAGCGUCUUCCCCUGGAGCAAUCACCCACAUUAUGCAACAGGCAUUAAGCAGUCACACUGCUUUUACCAAACACAGUGAGGAACUUGGAACUGAGGAGGGUGAGGUUGAAGAGAUGGACACAUUGGAUCCUCAGACAGGUCUGUUUUACCGAUCUGCCCUGACUCAGUCUCAGUCAGCUAAGCAGCAGAAACUUAGCCCCCAGCUGGAGCAAACUCAGCUGCAAGUGAAGACUCUGCAGUGCUUCCAGACCAAGCAGAAGCAGACCCUCCACCUGCAGGCAGACCAGCUCCAGCACAAGCUCACACAGAUGCCCCAGCUUUCCAUCAGACAUCAGAAACUGAGUCCUCUCCAGCAGGAACAAGCACAGCCCAAGCCAGAUGCACCGCACACACAGCAUCCCGUGGUGGCCAAAGACAGGCAGCUUCCUACCUUAAUGGCACAGCCCCCGCAAACUGUAGUACAGGUGCUUGCUGUGAAAACCACGCAGCAGCUCCCAAAACUGCAGCAAGCUCCAAACCAACCAAAAAUCUACGUGCAACCCCAAACUCCCCAGAGCCAAAUGGCGCUCUCAACGUCAUCAGAGAAACAACCGGCAAGCCAGGUGGAGCAGCCAAUUAUAACCCAAGGAUCCUCUGUUACAAAGAUAACAUUUGAGGGGCGCCAGCCUCCCACAGUUACAAAGAUAUCUGGUGGCAGUUCUGUUCCUAAGCUGACGUCACCAAUUACAAGCAUACCUCCCAUUCAGGCCUCUGAGAAGACAGCAGUGUCAGACAUUUUGCAAAUGUCUUUGAUGGAAGCUCAGAUUGAUACAAAUGUAGAACAUAUGGUAGUGGAUCCCCCAAAGAAGGCUCUAGCCACCAGUGUGCUCGCUGGUGAGGCAGGAGCUUUGCCCUCCACCCACAUGGUGGUGGCAGGGAUGGCGAAAUGUAGAGAGUCCUGUUCAAGUCCAUCUGCUGUUGGCCCUUCCCUAACGACCAGAAAGCUGGAAGCAGCAGGAGUGCCUGCGACAGGCCAGUUCAUGCGUAUUCAGAAUGUAGGCCAAAAGAAAGCUGAAGAGAGCCCAACAGAAAUUAUCAUCCAGGCCAUUCCCCAGUAUGCUAUUCCUUGUCACUCCAGCUCCAACGUGGUUGUAGAGCCCAGUGGGCUUCUCGAGCUGAACAACUUCACCAGUCAGCAGCUGGAUGACGACGAGACGGCAAUGGAGCAGGACGUGGACAGUAGCACGGAGGAUGGGACUGAGCCCAGCCCCUCCCAGAACUCUGCCGACCGCUCCUAGUCUUCAGACACCCGAGUGCACUUUAAAGCCUGCUUGGUUACCAAGUGUCCAGGGAAACUUAGAAAAGCACUUUGCUCGUUUAGGCUGUGGACUUAGAAACACAGCGUUCCAAUGAGACGUUGCUGCAGGAGCAGCAUUUUAACAAGAUAAAACUCACGGAGGAAUGUACUUUUUAAGAAAUAAAGAAAAAGAAAAAAAGGAAAAGGUGCACACCCAUGGAGCCCUGGCGUCCUGGAACUCACUGUGUAGACCAGGUUGGUCUCCAACUCGUAGAAAUCUGCCUGGCUCUGCUUCCCAAGUUCUGGGAUUAAAGACGUGCUACCAUGCCCAGCUCUUUGUUUCUUAUUGAAAGUGUUUAUUGAUAUCUCCACAACUCUCCAUUAUUGUGGAAUAUUUUCUUUUGAUUCUGUAAAUAUUGACUCAUUUUGGUGAAUAGUACCAUACAAUGUUGCUUGCCACAUAUCCACUAAUAAUUGUUACAUCUUCAUGCUCAUUUAUACAUUUAUAAUUUAUACGUUGUCCUUUGUCUCCUGAAACAUUAGUCCAUUUGUUUCAUACUGUGUUAUAGCCAUCCCGAUUCUCUUGGUUAUAUGUACUAUUUGUUUCUGUUUUUCCUUACAGUCUGCUGGGUCGCAGAUGAACCGUAUGUCGAGUGUAUAUUAAUUAGAUCGUGGUUUUAAAA